AUGCGAUCUGCAACAUACUCGGCAAUAGUACUUCUACUUGGUACUGCACGUAUUCACGCUGCACCUGCCGCCUCCCCUCAAUCUUCAGAUACUACUGGAACUGCGGCUGGUGUUGACUAUAAGUGUAGCGAAGAUGGUAAGAGUUACACCGGCUUGAACGGCAGUGGCACUGGUCCAUGUCAAGGUGGCACAGUGUGUAAAGAGGGUGUUCCUGGUGGUCCUUGUGUAUGGCCUGAAGGAUACGGUGCUCCGGGUGUGGCGGCCAUUGCCACAGGAGCUGGAUCUGCAACUGCUGCAUCCGCUACUUCUGAAGGUACAGCAUCUGGUGUUUCUGUCGGUGGUGUAAAUACCGAUCCGAGCGGUUCUGCGACCAUUGCUUCUACUGGCUCUGCUACCAGCUCUGCUUCUGCUUCUGCAACAGACGGCUCGUCUUCUAUACCUGGCGAAUUCGCGGUACAAAGCGUGACCGGAGACGCCAGUCAAACUGCCUCAGGCGUAUCAACUAGCACUGCGUCCAGCUCCUCCGUCAGCAGCAGUUCGACCGAUAAAUCUACUUCGAGUUCUGAGGCUGUCAAUAGCGGACAAACUCGAUUCGUCGGAUACUGGGAAAACUUUUCCAACUUUGGCAGUGUCUCCAAUGCUCAAUUGGACGGUUUAACCCAUGUCAUUCUGUCUUUCAUUGAUAUGUUGACUUGGACACCCGAUAACGCCAAAUUCGCUGUUUCAAGUAAUGGUAAUUUCAACUCUACAACAGCUGAUACCUUAAGAGCUCAAAAAGCUGGACUUAAAGUUAGCGCUGCAUUGGGUGGCUGGGGUUUAGAUCAGACUAUCAGAGAUGCCGCGGACGCAGGAGAUGCUGCUAUCACGGCUUUGAUUGCCAACGCAAAAUCAGUGGUGAAACAAUAUAAACUUGAUGGUCUUGAUCUUGAUUGGGAAUUCCCUAAUGCGCAACAACAACCUGCUUUCGUGAAGAUCUGUCAAGGUCUCAAGAAAGCUAUUCAAGAGGAGAACCCUAAAGGAAUAUUAAGUGUAGCUCUUGGCUCAAGAACGACUCAGAAAGAUCCUAAAACAAGCUUCAAAGAUGUAGAUGCUAUGACGCAGGAUACUUUCUCUCAAUUAGCCGAUACUGUUGAUAUGUGGAAUAUCAUGACUUACGAUUAUGUGAACAGAUACGACACUAAAACCGGUCAUCAAUCCAGUAAGAGUGUGAUUGAACAAGCAUUAGCUUAUUACAAGCAAAAUGGAAUGGCAUUGGAUAAAGCCAAUAUUGGAUUCCUCAACACAGCCAAAUUCUUUGGGGACGUCACUACCUGUUCAACUGAAAACCCAAUCGAUUGUACGAUGGGCGGAGUUGAGGCGUUCGAAACUGGUGGAAAGGAUAAUGGUAUAUCAGGUUGGCUGAGAUAUAACCCAGAGAUUGAUGCUGGUUUAGGUGAAUAUAAAGAACAGGCCGUUGUAAUGAGGACCGAUUCGUGGGCCAAGAAACCAGAUGAUUCUACAACUGCUUUCGAAGAUGAACAUGCGCAUGCCUGGUACGAUCAAAGUGCAAAAGUUUUCUGGACUUGGACAACAGGUGAUGAUAACAAAGCUUUAUGUGAAGAGUUCAAAUCUCAAGUUGGUGGAAUGUUCGUUUGGUCAGUGAAUCAGGAUGAGCACGGUAUCAACGGUGGUUCCCACAUGCAAGCUUUAGCUUCAUGUGUAAAAGGGUAA